AUGCUGGGGUCUGUAUUCACAACUGGGGUGUUGCUGGCCUCGUUGUCCGUGGCCUCGCCGGUUGCCCGCGCGAAUCCACCAUUUCUGAUCAACGUGGACGAUGAGACCGCCAUUAUCGGGAAUGAUUUCUGGAAUGUGACCAUUGGUCGUCAGUAUGGCACUAAGCUUUACUAUAAGAAUGUUGACCUGGUCGGGGACGCGUGGGGGCACUAUGUUUCCUACAAUGGAGCCCAGAGCGACCUAAAUCUCACAAAUGCUCGAAUCCACAAGGUGACCGGCGACUACACCGACAUUGUCUUCACAGCGAAGGAAGGAGAAUUCCACUGGGUUCUGACGCCAACAUUGACAGGCGCAUAUCAGUAUUUCGUGAACACGGCUCUACCCACGCUCGGCGAGUUCCGCACACUCUGGCGGCUCGCAAACGACAGUUUCACCCAUGGGUGGACAGACGAGCGAAAUGAGGCAUUGCCGCCUCUGUCGGACAUUGCUAAUGCCGCCAAGAUCCAGGAUGAAACCUGGCAGCAAGCCGAUGGCACGUACAUCACCAAGUAUGACUUUGCAACCUUCUUGCCGGUUGUUGAAGGCGAGUCCGCUCUCUGGGGAGUCUACGGGCCGCUUGGUGGUCAAAAGUCGACUGGAGAACAAGUCGGCUCGUGGUAUAUCCAUGGAGGCAAAGACUAUCUCAAUGGCAACCAUUUGAAGCAGGAGUUGUUGGUGCACCGCGAGAGUCAGACCGGCGAUGCGGUGCAGCUGAAUAUGAUCCAUGGAACGCACUAUCAGGCUGUCAGCAGUGACUCGUUCCCUGAGGGUAAAACUUGGGGUCCGUGGUUGUGGUAUUUGAAUGACGGGUCCGUCGACGAUGCAGCAGCCCGCGCGAAAGCGGAAAUUGCGGCUUGGCCGUACGAGUGGAUGCAAGACAGCAAUGGCUACCAUUCCCGCGGGAGUGUUCGAGGCCAUCUCGUGCUCUCAAACGGACAGCCCGCUAGUGGCGCGGCGGUUUUCUUGGGGGACAACAACUCCCAGACUCGCUCGCUGGACCAAGGAGCCUGGUACUAUCACCGGACGUAUGCAGACGAGAACGGGUAUUUCACCAUUGAAAACGUUCGCGAAGGCACUUGGGGCCUGCGUGCGUUUGCCAAUGGGGGUGAUGCGGUAGGCAGAGUGACCACUGAGCUGGAAAAGAAUGACAUCGCCGUCCACAGUGGUGAGGCCCUGUGGUUAGGGGACGUGACUUGGUCUCCGCAAGGUCGCGAAGUCAUCUGGCAGAUCGGAGAAGUUGAUCGCACAGCUGCCGGCUUUGCCUAUAGCGGCGCACCGCACGAGUUUGCCCGUGGUUUGAACUGCCCGGCCAACCUCACCUUCAAUGUCGGAAAGAGCGAGACCAAAGACUGGUGCUUCGAGCAAUCCUCACUCGGUACGUGGACGGUCGAGUUUAAUCUCCCUGCCAACUCGACCCAUGGACGAUCAGCGAUACUGUCUGUUGCCCUGGCUGGGUUCAGCGCCGGGAGCUCAGCUACAGUUUUGAUGAACGGUGUCUCCAUCGGGACUAUCAGCUCGAGUGUUCUUGCCAGCGACCCCAGUAGCUAUCGUUGUGGCACGUUGGCGGGUGAAUGGCAUCUCCUGGAGUUUCCAGUUGCGGCAGAUGCGCUUCUGAAUGGGACCAAUUCCGUUGAAUUUCAAGUCACCAAGUCGACCAAAUUCCGCGGGUGGAUCUACGACAGCUUAAUUCUAGAGUGGGCCUGAUUGCGAAGAUGUUGAAGUGACUGCACCUCCACCAUGUAUAGAUCCGGAGACCUUGUUCGAUUUCACAAUGCCAAUCUAUUUCUUUUGUCUUCGCAUUUAAAUGAACUUAUCGCCCAUCAAGAGCCUCUUGACUAUGUAUAAAGACAUUCAUACAUGAUAUAGA